AUGAAGCUCGCGUACCUGGUCUCGGUUUUCAUGGCGACAGUGGCAAUGGCAGUUCCGGUUCCAGACACAGGUGCGGUGGCGCUGGGCGAGAAGCAGACGAGCAGGGCCAUGAUGCUGGCCAGGAAUGACACGCCUACCACCGGGAUCUCGAAGAAGGUCGAGGAAGCGCAGCAGCAACAGCAGCAGCAACAACAAGGGCAACAGCAAGGGCAACAGCAAGGGCAGGGUCGGAAUUAA